AACCUACUUAAAAACUUCAUUUUUUUAUUUAUCACAGUCCCAUGAUUAUUUGCAGAAAACUUGGUGCAUUGCAAAUCCAUUAGCUAGCAAUUCGGCACUGGCUGCCAACAUUGAAUACAUUUGCAGUCAAUUAGAUUGUGGCUCUAUAAACCCUAAGGGUCCUUGCUUUGAACCAAAUUCUCGAAUGCACCAUGCUUCGUUUGCUAUGAAUUUGUAUUAUCAAGCCAAUGGCAGGCACCUUGCUGAUUGUAAUUUUAUAAACUCGGGUUUGGUUUCGUUGAUUGAUCCAAGUUACGGUAACUGCAGUUUUCAUAGUGGUGGAGGUCUAGCAGACGAAGAACCAUCGGAAACUUGGUGUGUGGCAAAGCCAGGAACAAGUGAUGAGCUACUACAGCUGAACAUAAACUUUGCCUGUAACCUGGUGGAUUGCAACGCCACUCAUUCCGGCGGCGUUUGCUAUUAUCCCGCAACACUCAUUAACCAUGCAUCGUACGCCAUGAAUCUUUAUUACCAGAUCACCGGGCGGAAGAAAUCGAACUGUAAUUUCAGGGAAACCAGCCUGAUUGUCUCAAGUGAUCCAAGUUAUGGGAACUGUUCCUACCCUUGUUUCACAGUGCAGUGAAAAAAAAAAAAACACUACAAUGGAGUUUCUUAAUGUUUGUCGGAAGAUUUCAUGUUCUUUCGGUUAUCUGUUUGAAUUUCCCAAAGCAAAUUUGGGUUUUAACUUCAUAUUCUGGUGUUGUUUCCUUUUCACUCUCUAGUUUCUAUAACUUAUCUAAUGGUUUAUUGGACUUAGAAA